AUGGCAGACCUCUACCGAAUUGAACAAGGAGAAAAUGAGCACCCAAAGUCGUACCUACAACACUUUAUCGAUCUUGUCCGCCAAAUUCAUGAUAUAGAGCCAGCAACCAUGACCAACCUCUUCAUCAAGAGUCUGCAGGUGGGGUCCCUUUUACACAAAAAUCUCACUAUGACUCCACCAUAUUACAUGGCCGAAAUUCAGGCCCGAGCCGAAGGGGUCUUCAGAUUCUUGGAAUAUCGAGAGCGCGCACAGAAGAAGUCCACCCUUAUUUCCACACCACCACCAAACAACACGUCCCCUCCUUCUACAAGGGAUGAAAGAAGAAAGAGGCAGGAGUCGAACCCUAUGAAGGGAGGAAAGAGGCCAAGAACGAGUCGAGAGCCACCAAGAUUCUCUUCCUUUGAGUACACUGUCUCGCAGGAGGUCAUCUAUGAAGAGAACAAAGACAGACCUAUUUGGCGGGAACCAUACAAAAUCACCACUCCCCCAGAAAGGAGAGACAAGAGUAGGUUCUGCAGCUUCCACAAGGACCAUGUCCAUACAAUUUCUGAAUGCCACAACCUUCAUAACCAAAUUCAGGCCCUUAUGAGAAAUGAACGAUUGACCCAGUACAUUAAAGGAUCUGACAGGCCCAACAUCCCACAAGCCAAUACCACUCCUAACCCAAUGCCAAUAACAGUGUCGGCCUCCACAAACGUGGCUUCUACAAGUUCACAAGAACCCCUCAAAUAG